AUGGCCGACGAUGAGGGCGCAUCUCCGCGGGAGCUGGUUAUCGAAGCAUGUCGCCGCGACCAGCCUCACCUGAUCGAGCAGGUCCUAGAGGGCAUGGCCGACAAGAGCAACGAGGAGGUGGCCGAGUUCUUCAACAAUGUCAAGGACGCCUUAGGCAACUAUGCGCUCCACAUCUGUGCCAUGUACGGUAGCUACGACGUGAUGGACGCCCUUCUUGACAUUCAAUACUUCGAAUGCGAUCCUCUUACCCGCGUCGACCAAGAAACUCCAUUGCAUCUGGCGGUCCGUUUCGCCAAUGAGAAAGACCCAAAUCUGGGGCUGGAGAUGAUCGAAAUGAUGUGCGAGGCUGGCUGCGACCCGCGGGUGCGGAAUAAACACGGGCAGAAACCGGCGGACUUGGUCUAUGGAGACCACAAAGAGAUCAAGCUGGCUCUCCAGAAGGCAGAAUACAUCUUGACCGAAGGGGUCCAACAAGGCGAUGAGGACGAAGCCGCAGGCAGUGCCAGUGAUAGCGAGUAG